AUGCGUCGCCCCGGCGGUUGCCCCACGGCCCAGCUCUGCAUCCCCCCUCCCGCCGUCCUGGUGAGGAGCUGCCCCGUGAAAUCCCGCCUGGAUCCCCCCGGCACCGCCUGCAACUUCCAGCAGAGCUUCUGUUUGCCUCCCCGUGGGAAUUCCCGCAGGAAUCCCUGUUGGAAUCCCUGCUGCUACACCAGAGUGCCCCAGGGCAGCACCACCUUCGUGAAGCUGGGCGGGCUGGGGCUGGCACAGGGGGCAGGGGAUCCCUGCUGCUUCCAAGGGACCACCACAUGCCAGGAGACCUGCUGCCAGGAGGUGACCAAGUGUUGCACCACAACCUGUGUGGAUCCCUGCUGCCAAGAGGUGACCAAAUGCACCACCACAUGUCAAGAUCCGUGUUGCAAGGAGGUGACCACGUGCACCACCACGUGUGUGGAUCCGUGUUGCAAGGAAGUGACCAAGUGUGUCACCACGUGCCAAGAUCCCUGCUGUGUGACCCAAUGCACCACCACAUGCCAAGAUUCGUGUUGUCAGGAAGUAACCAAGUGCACCACGACGUGCCAAGAUCCCUGCUGCCAGGAUGUGACCAAGUGCAUCACAACCUGUGUGGAUCCCUGUUGUCAGGAAGUAACCAAGUGCAUCACCACAUGUCAGGAUCCUUGUUGCAAGGAGGUGACCAAGUGCACCACCACAUGUGUGGAUCCCUGCUGUCAAGAAGUGACCAAGUGCAUCACCACCUGCCAAGAUCCCUGUUGCAAGGAAGUGACCAGAUGCACCACCACGUGCCAAGAUCCCUGUUGUCAGGAAGUCACCAAGUGCACCACUACAUGUCAGGAUCCCUGUUGCAAGGAGGUGACCAAGUGCGUCACCACUUGUCAAGACCCCUGUUGCAAGGAGGUGACCAAGUGCAUCACCACAACCUGUGUGGAUCCCUGCUGUCAGGAGGUGACCAAAUGCACCACCACAUGUCAGGAUCCCUCUUGUCAAGAAGUGACCAAGUGCACCACCACAUGUCAGGAUCCCUCUUGUCAAGAAGUGACCAAGUGCACCACCACGUGCCAGGAUCCCUGCUGCCAGGAGGUGACCAAAUGCAUCACUACAUGUCAGGAUCCCUGUUGCAAGGAGGUGACCAAAUGCAUCACUAGAUGCCAGGAUCCCUGCUGUGUGACCCGAUGUACCACCAGGUGUGUAGAUCCCUGCUGCCAGGAGGUGACCAAGUGUGUCACCACGUGCCAAGAUCCCUGUUGCAGGGAGGUGACCAAAUGCACCACCAGGUGUGUGGAUCCCUGCUGCCAGGGGGUGACCAAAUGUGUCACUAGAUGCCAAGAUCCCUGUUGCAGGGAGGUGACCAAGUGCAUCACCAGGUGUGUGGAUCCCUGCUGUGACAGAGUCACCAAGUGUGUGGAUCCUUGCUGUGUGACCAGAUGUGCCACCAGGUGUGUGGAUCCCUGCUGCCAGGACGUGACCAAGUGCAUCACCAGGUGUGUUGAUCCCUGUUGCAAGGAAGUGACCAAGUGCACCACAGCCUGUGUGGAUCCCUGCUGUCAGGAUGUGACCAAGUGCACCACCAAGUGCGUGGAUCCGUGUUGCAGGGAGGUCACCAAGUGCAUCACCACAUGUCAAGAUCCGUGUUGUCAGGAGGUGACCAAGUGCACCACAACCUGUGUGGAUCCCUGUUGCCAGGAAGUGACCAAGUGCAUCACCAGGUGUGUGGAUCCCUGCUGCCAGGAGGUCACCAAGUGUGUCACCACGUGCCAAGAUCCCUGCUGCCAGGAGGUGACCAAAUGCACCACAACUUGCCAAGAUCCCUGUUGCCAGGAGGUGACCAAGUGCAUCACCACUUGUCAAGACCCCUGUUGCCAGGAGGUGACCAAGUACACCACAACCUGUGUGGAUCCCUGCUGUCAAGAAGUGACCAAGUGCCUCACCAGGUGCCAGGAUCCCUGCUGUGUGACCAGAUGCACCACCACGUGCCAAGAUCCCUGCUGCCAGGAGGUGACCAAGUGCAUCACCACUUGUCAGGAUCCUUGUUGCCAGGAGGUGACCAAGUGCCUCACCAGGUGCCAGGAUCCCUGCUGCGUGCCCAGCUGUGCCCCCAGGUGUGUGGAUCCCUGCUGUGGGGGCGUCCAGGCCGUCACCAAGUGUGUGGAGUCCUGUCCCACCCCCUGUGUCACCCAGGUGUCCUGUGUCACCCAGGGCUCCCCCUCCUGUGGCCUCCGCUCCCGCAAAUUCCAGGGGCUCUGA